AGACGAUGGGGGCUGCGACUGCCACCGGGCCCCCUUGGCCGCCAGCCCCCGGCCGCUAGCUCGGGGUGGGCACCAACAGCGCCUCGGCGAGCCGGCGAGCGAGCGAGCGAGCGAGGAGGGAGAGAGGGAGUCUGCCUGCAAAGUGCUGCUCCCUGGCGCUCAGAGGCGGCUGCUCCAGCUUCCAACUCUCAUUCAUUUCGCCGGUUAACAUGAGAGAUCAUGGCCGCCUUCGGGCUUCUCAGCUAUGAGCAGAGACCGCUGAAGCGCCCUCGGCUCGGGCCGCCCGAUGUCUACCCGCAGGACCCCAAGCAGAAGGAGGAUGAGCUCACGGCUGUGAACGUAAAGCAAGGCUUCAACAACCAGCCCGCUUUCACGGGGGACGAGCAUGGCUCGGCCAGGAACAUUGUCAUUAACCCGUCCAAGAUUGGAGCCUAUUUUAGCAGCAUAUUAGCAGAGAAACUAAAGCUUAACACUUUCCAGGACACGGGAAAGAAGAAACCCCAAGUCAACGUCAAAGAUAAUUACUGGCUGGUCACUGCUCGCCCUCAGAGCGCCAUCCAUAGCUGGUUCUCCGACCUCGCAGGAAAUAAACCACUUACAAUUUUGGCAAAAAAGGUUCCCAUCCUUAGCAAAAAAGAGGAUGUUUUUGCUUACUUAGCCAAAUACUCAGUGCCAAUGGUCCGAGCAACGUGGCUGAUCAAGAUGACCUGUGCUUACUACUCUGCUGUUUCUGAAGCUAAAAUUAAGAAACGUCCGGCUCCUGACCCUAACUUGGAGUGGACACAGAUAUCUACUAGAUACCUUAGAGAACAGUUGGCAAAGAUUUCUGACUUUUAUCAGCUGGCCUCCAGUGUGAGCGACGGCCCGGUCCCCGUGCCCCCAGAGGUGGAGCAGGCCACGAAGCAGUGGGAGUACAACGAGAAGCUGGCGUUUCACCUGUUCCAGGAAGGAAUGUUAGAAAAGCACGAAUUUCUGACCUGGAUCCUGGAUGUCCUAGAAAAGGUCAGGCCGGUGGACGACGACCUUCUCAAGCUCUUGUUGCCGCUGAUGCUGCAGUACUCAGAUGAGUUUGUCCAGUCAGCUUACCUGUCUCGCCGUCUCGCCUACUUCUGUGCCAGGCGUCUUUCCUUGCUCCUGAGCGACAGCCCCACCCUCCUUGCUGCCCACUCUCCCCAUGUGAUGAUUGGACCAAACAGCUCUGGCAUUGGGACCCCCAGCCCUGGCCCCCCUGGCCCUGGCAUGAGCCCUGUGCAGCUGGCCUUUUCAGAUUUCCUUUCUUGUGCACAGCACGGCCCCCUGGUUUAUGGACUCAGUUGUAUGUUACAGACCAUCACUCUCUGUUGCCCAAGUGCCUUGGUAUGGAACUAUUCCACAAAUGAAAAUAAGAGUGGGAACCCCGGUUCACCCCUUGAUCUGCUGCCGGUGGCACCGUCCAGUCUGCCCAUGCCGGGUGGGAACACAGCUUUCAAUCAGCAGGUCCGGGCGAGGAUUUAUGAGGUCGAGCAGCAGAUAAAGCAAAGAGGCCGUGCAGUGGAGGUUCGGUGGUCUUUCGACAAGUGCCAAGAGUCGACGGCAGGGGUGACAAUCAGUCGGGUUUUGCACACAUUGGAAGUCUUGGAUCGUCACUGUUUUGACCGAACUGAUUCCAGCAAUUCAAUGGAGACACUUUAUCAUAAGAUUUUCUGGGCAAACCAAAACAAAGACAAUCAAGAGGUUGCCCCCAACGAUGAAACCGUGGUUACGCUGCUGUGUGAGUGGGCCGUGAGCUGCAAGCGGUCUGGCAAACACCGGGCCAUGGCUGUGGCUAAACUCUUGGAGAAAAGGCAAGCCGAAAUCGAGGCAGAGAGAUGCGGCGAAUCAGAAGUCCUCGACGAGAAGGAAUCUAUUUCUUCGGCUUCCCUUGCUGGAUCUAGCUUGCCGGUUUUCCAGAAUGUUCUGCUAAGGUUCUUAGAUACACAGGCCCCCUCGCUGUCGGACCCGAACAGUGAGUGUGAGAAGGUGGAAUUUGUGAACUUGGUGCUGCUCUUCUGCGAGUUCAUCCGCCACGACGUCUUUUCCCAUGACGCCUACAUGUGCACGCUCAUCUCCCGAGGAGACCUGUCAGUCAGCGCCGCCACCGGGCUGCGCUCUCCCGCUGGGGAGAGUGUAGGUGAACACUAUGCACAGGGCCACGCUGUGAAAAUGGAGGAACAGAGCAUCAUGGCGCACGUGGGCCUUGGCUCCGGAACCACUCACAUUUUUGAUGACAUGGACAAGAGUGACUUUAAGACUGACUUUGGUUCCGAGUUUCCAAUUUUUUCUCCCAUGCCCGGAGAAUCUUGCGAGAAUGCCAACCCUUCCUUGAGUAGAAGAAAUGGUGAGAAAUUGGCCAAGAGAGAGAAGACGAGGGAGUUGAUUUUUCCAUCUAACUAUGACCUACUCCGUCACCUGCAGUAUGCAACUCACUUUCCUAUACCGUUGGACGAGUCUUCAACUCAUGAGUGUAACCAGCGCACGAUCCUUCUCUAUGGGGUUGGGAAAGAGCGUGACGAAGCCAGGCAUCAGCUGAAGAGGGUUACCAAAGACAUCCUAAAAAUCCUGAACAAGAAGAGCACCGGAGAGCCUGGGGCUGAGGAAGGACAGCGGUCCAGGAAGAGCAAGCAGGAAGCGUUUCCCACACUGGAGACCGUGUUCGCCAAGCUCCAGCUGCUCUCCUACUUUGAUCAGCAUCAGGUGACAGCUCAGAUCUCUAACAACGUGCUGGAGCAAAUCACAAGCUUCGCAUCCGGGACAUCCUAUCACCUGCCUCUGGCCCACCACAUCCAGCUCAUCUUCGACCUCAUGGAGCCAGCACUGAACAUCAAUGGACUGAUUGACUUUGCAAUACAGUUACUAAAUGAACUGAGUGUCGUGGAGGCCGAGCUGCUCCUGAAAUCCUCCAGCCUGGCCGGAAGCUACACGACAGGGCUGUGUGUCUGCAUUGUGGCGGUCCUGAGACGGUAUCAUAGCUGUCUGAUCCUGAAUCCUGACCAGACAGCACAGGUGUUUGAAGGGCUGUGUGGUGUGGUCAAGCAUGUGGCGAACCCCUCAGAGUGCUCCUCCCCUGAAAGAUGCAUCCUGGCCUACCUCUACGACCUCUAUGCCUCUUGCAGCCACCUCAGAAGUCAGUUUGGAGACCUCUUCAGUAGUGCCUGUUCCAAAGUCAAACAAACCAUAUACAAUAACGUGAUGCCUGCGAAUUCUAACCUGCGCUGGGACCCGGACUUCAUGAUGGACUUCAUUGAAAAUCCCUCGGCCCGAAGUAUCAACUACUCGAUGCUGGGUAAGAUCCUCAGCGACAACGCGGCCAACCGCUACAGCUUCGUGUGCAACACCCUCAUGAACGUGUGCAUGGGCCACCAGGACGCUGGAAGGAUUAACGACAUAGCCAAUUUCUCCUCUGAGCUGACAGCUUGCUGCACAGUUCUGAGUUCGGAGUGGCUGGGUGUUCUGAAGGCUCUCUGCUGCUCUUCGAACCAUGUGUGGGGAUUUAAUGAUGUGCUCUGCACUGUAGAUGUGAGUGACCUUUCAUUCCAUGAUUCAUUAGCUACUUUCAUUGCUAUUCUGAUAGCACGGCAGUGUUUCUCCCUGGAAGACGUCGUGCAGCACGUCGCGCUCCCCUCUCUCCUGGCUGCAGCCUGUGGCGAUGCGGACGCGGAGCCUGGGGCGAGGAUGACCUGUCGCCUCCUGCUGCACCUCUUCCGCGCGCCCCGCGCCUGCUUCUUCCCGCAAGCCUCCGGCAAACCUUUCCCCGGAAUAAGAUCAUCUUGUGACAGGCACCUCUUAGCCGCUGCUCAUAACAGCAUCGAAGUGGGAGCCGUUUUUGCUGUCUUAAAAGCAAUUAUGAUGCUUGGAGAUGCCAAAAUUAGCAGUCACAGCGUCAGCUCGUUAAAGAGUGAUGACUUCAUGAGAGGGUUACGACGUGACAGCAAUGCUGAGGAUCCCUGGGCCACCACACAGAAUUCAAAAUCCUGUGGGAAAAGCAUUUCCAUAGAGACCGCCAACUUGAGAGAAUAUGCUAGAUACGUACUAAGAACCAUCUGUCAACAGGAAUGGGUAGGAGAACAUUGCCUCAAAGAACCUGAAAGGUUAUGCACAGACAAAGAGCUUAUAUUGGACCCCGUGCUGUCCAACAUGCAAGCGCAGAAAUUGUUGCAGCUCAUCUGCUACCCUCACGGCAUUACGGAGUGCACCGAGGGGGAUGACCUCCAGAGACAGCACAUCAAGCGCAUCCUUCAGAACCUUGAGCAGUGGACAUUGAGGCAGUCGUGGCUGGAGCUCCAGUUAAUGAUCAAACAGUGCUUGAAGGACCCUAGCUCUGGGUCUGUGGCUGAAAUGAACAACUUACUGGACAAUAUCGCCAAGGCAACCAUCGAGGUGUUCCAGCAAUCUGCAGAUCUGAAUAACAAUUCCUCCAGCUCGGGUGCGAACCUCUUCCACGCGAAUGGUAUUGCAAGUGCUGACACAAACAGUCCCAGGCAGAAUGGGAUCAAGACAUUUUUAAGUUCCUCUGAACGCAGGGGCGUGUGGUUGGUGGCCCCUCUCAUCGCCAGGCUGCCCACCUCAGUACAGGGAAGAGUGCUGAAGGCCGCUGGGGAAGAGCUGGAGAAGGGGUCCUUGGGCUCUUCCUCCAAGAAGGAGAGAGACCGGCAGAAGCAGAAAAGCAUGUCUCUUUUGAGUCAGCAACCUUUCCUGUCAUUGGUCCUUACCUGCCUCAAGGGACAGGAUGAACAACGGGAAGGCCUCUUGACAUCUCUGCACAAUCAAGUCAACCAGAUUUUAAGUAACUGGAGGGAAGAGAGAUACCAGGAUGAUGUAAAAGCUCGGCAGAUGAUGCACGAGGCGCUGCAGCUCCGCCUCAACUUGGUAGGAGGGAUGUUUGACACGGUGCAGAGGAGUACCCAGGGGACCACAGACUGGGCCCUGCUGCUCCUCCAGAUCAUCACAUCAGGGACUGUGGACAUGCACACUAACAGUGAAUUGUUCACAACAGUUCUUGACAUGCUGGGUGUUUUAAUCAACGGAACAUUGGCCUCUGACCUGUCAAAUACAUCCCCGGGGGGAACUGAAGAGAACAAACGUGCAUACAUGAACCUAGUCAAGAAACUGAAGAAAGAGCUAGGAGACAAGAGGUCAGAAAGCAUUGACAAGGUUCGACAGCUGCUACCUCUACCAAAGCAGACGUGUGAUGUCAUCACGUGUGAACCGAUGGGUUCCUUGAUUGACACAAAGGGAAACAAAAUUGCUGGGUUUGACUCCAUAGAUAAAAAACAGGGUCUCCAGGUCUCUACGAAGCAGAAGGUGUCCCCUUGGGACUUGUUUGAAGGCCAGAAGAACCCAGCCCCUCUCUCCUGGGCCUGGUUUGGGACAGUCCGCGUGGACAGGAAGGUGAUCAAGUACGAGGAGCAGCAGCACCUCCUCCUGGACCACACGCACCCCACGCCCAAGCCCCGGGGCUACUACCUCGAGCCCCUGCCCCUGCCUCCCGAGGAGGAGGAAGAGGAAGAGCCCACAUCUCCAGUUUCUCAGGAACCCGAAAGAAAAUCUGCCGAGCUGUCAGAUCAGGGGAAAGCUGCAGCUGACGAAGAAAAGAAAACCAAGGGCAGGAAGCGGAAGACGAAGUCGAGCUCCCGAGCUGAGGAAUACCAACCGAGCAGCCUGUACCGAGCGCCUCCCAGUUACUCGCCUGUGUCCUCCCAGAUGAUGCACCACCCGCAGCCCACCCUGUGGGGCUACAGCCUGGUGAGCCAGCCUCAGCAGCCCAGCUUUUUCCUUCAGAACCAGCCUCUUAAUCCAGGCUCCAGGCUGGACCCCGCUGGCUCGUUUGUCCCCACCAACACCAAGCAGGCCCUGUCCAACAUGCUGCAGAGACGCUCCGGCGCCGUGCCGCAGCCCCCGUCCCUGCACACCCUCCCGUCCCAGCAGCAGCUCCUGCAGAUGAAGCUGCUGCAGCAACAGCAGCAGCAGCAACAGCAGCAGCAGCAGCAGCGUCUCCUCAGGCAGGCCCCAGUGCGGCCUUUCCAGCAGGGCCAGCCGGGGGACCAGGCUGCUCUCUUUGCUGCACAAACACGGCCCUCCACGCAGCCCCCACAGUAUCCAGGGCUGCCACAAGCACAGACCAUGCCCCAGGGCUAUACCAUGUAUGGGACACAGAUGCCUUUGCCGCAGGCACAGCAGCAGCCUGGCGUGGUCCUCUCCCCCGGCUACAGCUCCAGGCCCUACCCAGCUGCGCAUUCCAGCCCCGCCCUGAUGGAAAGACUCCGACAGACCCAGCAGCCACCGGGUGGCUACGUGCAGCAGCCGGCAGCCCCGUGCCUGCAGCCCCUGGCUGGCUCUCAGAGACUGAAUCACCAGGCUCUCCAGCAGAGCCCUCUGGUGGGCGGGGGAAUUGAUGCUGUGCCGACUCCCGCACAUCCCAACCUCCCCCCUGCGCCCCUGCCUCAGGACCCCAUGAGGCCCAGACAGCCGCAAGUUCGACAGCCGCAGAGACUCCUCCAGACGCAGCCGGCCUCCCAGCCCCAGAACCAGGCCCUUGGGCUCCAAGCAGUGCAGCCUCAGCAGCCAUUGUUCCCCAGACAAGGCUUGCAGCAGACUCAGCAGCAGCAACAGACGGCCGCCCUGGUGCGGCAGCUCCAGAAGCAGCUCUCUAGUAACCAGCCACAGCAAGGAGGAACUCCCUAUGGCCACCCCUCACACUUCUGAAUCUGGACGAGCGAGUGGGACGUGCAGUUUUACGUUUGCACUGAAAAAUACAACACCAGAUUUACUUUGAGUCAACCUGGGAAGCGCCCCUUUGGUCUUUAUUUUGUUAUGUUUUCCUGUAUUUUAUGCUACCAUUCAUACAAAGGUAUUUAAAUAAGAAGUGAAGGAGUUGUGACUUGGUUUUGUUAUACUCAGAUUUUUAGUAGGUCUAAACAGGUGGAUCAGGCAGGCCUUCCCCAGAAAGUGUGGUGGGAGACCUUUUGAAACUGGUGCUUUGUAAAAAAAAAAAAAAUCUCAUAUUUACAGAAAGAAUGGAUUAUGGUGAGUUUAAAUAUUUCUAUAUUCAUCAAUGAGAAAAAUUUGUUUCAAAGCUGUAGUGGACCAAACUACUGAUUUAGAAAGACACACUAUGUCUUGCGGGAGACUGACCCAUUCAUUUUGCAUUCCCCUGAGAUGGCAUAAUGGACAUUUAUUUAAGUCACUCUAAUUUCAAAUCUUUGUAAUUUCAUAAGCACUUUAUAAACUUUGUUCUUACUCACGUAGGACAUAGAUUUGCUUUUGUUGUGGUCAAAAGGUGCUGAAACAGAUUGUUGCUUGGUACUUAAACUUCAAGGUUUCCGCCAGAGCCACCAUAGGAAGCCUCUCAGAAGGAGCUGAACUCAGUCUGGUUUUUGGUGACAAGAGAAUUUACCAGAGACUUCGCAAAGGUGCAACACGUCACUACUAAAGGCUGGAAGAACCAUAGUGGAACCAGUCCCUGCAUUUAUUGCCAGUUUUGGCAUAAGGACUGUCUAGUUUGGGGUCUUCAGAACCUUAUGCCAACUUGAGGAAAAAAUAAAAUCCCAUAGCUGGCUUUAGAUUCCACAGUUCUCAAACUUGACAUGGUGCCCAGAGACCCUGACCCCACAGUUCAGGAGGCUCUGGCAUUCAUAAAAGGUGUAUUUGAUGUUUAUUUUGUAUGGUAAGUAUUUGCUAUUUUGAAUUUAAUUAUUAAUGUUGGUGUCAGUCUUGGUUGUGUAUUGCAUAUACUGUAUUUAUAAAUUGGUGCAAAAAGCACAAGUAAAUUAUACUUCAAAUUUAUUAUAAAGAAAUAGUAACUAUUUUAACUUUGUUCAAGUAUGUGGUUAUUUGCUCCUAUUAGAGUAAAAGAUACAGUAAAUUAUUAUCAGUUUGUGUAACUUAAGAAUAUUCCAUAUAAUAUUUUUUUAGAUUUAGAUGCAUAAAAUUUUGAAUGUGAAAAUUGCAGGGCAUUUAAAAACACAUGUGGGGGAUUUUUUCCCAUGUUCUGUGUUAACUCAUUUUUUUUUU